AUGACCCCGCUAACAGUCCAAGUGGCCCAGGUGGCCCAAUCGGUGACUCAAGUUUACUUCCAGCCCGCUUCCUGUAGGCCCGAUACCUCCCAACCCGAUUCCUCGCCCCAAGCUCAGUUCUCAUCCCACUCUCUGUGGGGCCCUCCCAGACCCUACCUCGCCCCUGCUACCCUGGCCAAGGAGCCUACUCCUCCACCUUCGUCCAACAGGUGGCCCAUGUUGAGACCCAUACGUGCUUUCGGCCCAUCCCCCAUCUACGACGGCCCACCUCCCAUCAACCUGAAUCGCAGGAACCCUACUUCAACUUUUGUUCCCCAGCCUGUGAGCAAAUGA